AUGGCUACCAAGUCGCUCAAGAUCAUGUUUUUAGGUGCACCCGGCGCUGGAAAAGGCACGUAUGCGUCUCGUAUUGCACCUAUGCUUCAGAUUCCAAUGAUUUCAACGGGGGACCUGGUGCGUCACGAGAUUAAAACUGGUACAUCUCUUGGUGCAAAGAUUAAAGAAUACAAUAAUAGUGGGACACUUGUACCCGACCAGAUCAUUCUUGACAUGAUGGAAAAGCGGCUGGCAUUGGAUGAUGCCCAAAGAGGCUUUAUUCUCGAUGGAUUUCCACGUACUGUGCCUCAGGCUGAAGCCUUUAAGCUAGUGACUAAAUUGGACCUGGUGGUCAAUAUUGACUUACCUCUGUGGAUCCUCACCGAAAAGAUUAGUGGUAGAAGAGUAUGUACCAAGUGUGGCCAUGGCUACAAUAUGACAUUCAUCAAUCGAGGAGGAUACCAAAUGCCUCCUUUGUUACCAAAGGUAGAGGGAAUCUGUGAUUUGUGUGGCACGGCAUCGCUCGUUCAACGAUCGGACGAUUCACCCGAGACUCUAAAUCUAAGGUUGGAAGUGUACAAUCGGGAGACGGCGCCGCUGAUUGAUUUUUACACGAAGGAGGGCUGUCUGAAGACAUUUGAGGUGAAGAAAGGACUGGCGGACCUGGACAGACUCGUGGGUGUAGUUAAGAAGGAGCUGCACGUGUAG